AUGAAGUUACUUCCACUGCUAUCAGCUGCGGCGAUGAUGCUUUUCUUUGUGGUAAGUCCUUUCAGUUACGCUGCAUCGACAACUAUGCCUUAAAGGAGGUGUAGUUGAUGGAAACUGCUGGAAAGUGAAUUAAAAAAGGUUCCAAUCCUUGUUUCGUGGCCAAUGAAAUAUAAGGCAUAAGGGAAAAGAUAAAACCAAGCCUCGCGCCAGGUUAAUGAUUUAAUCAUGAUUUUGCUAUGGGAUCUCUGAUCAACUGAACAACAACGAACUCGAUGGCAGUGGUUACUUGAGCAUGGAAUAGCUUAAAUCCACCUAAAAGCAGCUACAACCACCUAAAACCACCUAAAACCACUUGAAACUACCUACAAUCACCUUCAGAAUACUAUUUUAAACAUUUUGAAGCAUUUUUGUGACAAUUUUGUUGACAAAUGUAAAUACCCACGGGAAAUGUUGUCUUGUUUCGCGGGUCCCCGUCAACAACGAAAACUAAUACCCCUGAAAAUGAAGUCACUGUGUGCGACCUUUGCCUAUCCAAUGGCUCGCAUGACCGGGGAAAAACACAAGUCAAAUUGUUUACACAGGAGCAGCACUAAGAGCAUUGACCCUUUUCGAGUAAUACAUAGACUACGUUUUCGAGGUCUGCUUUUUUCAAUGUCUGACAGGGGUGAACGGGACACCAAACAGGUAGUCGAAAAUUUGAUGAGGUUACGUAAUAUAACAUCAGGGGUGAUGUGUGUAAAGGAAACCCGAGCAACCCUAACCAUCUGAAAUUGCUUCAAAUCGGGCUGUGGAGCGAGCGUACAGAAAGAGCGUAAGAAAAAAACAAAACAGUUUUAUAGUGAGUUGGUAUUACUCAGAGAAAAAAAUUAAAUUGACUGAGAAUAGGAAACCACGUAAAGAACAGUGACAUUUGAAACGAUGUGUGAGAAACAGAACUUUCAAAUCUCGCGAUAUUCAUGUAGCUUACAAAUUCCCUAAAAUUACCGCACUUAAAAGCAGCAUCCUUACGAGUCCCAAACGCGAAAUAGAUCGAGCUCUCGUAACCUACGACAUGCUGGCAUUAAUUUGUUCCGAUUCUAGCUCUCGGUUUACCCGGCAGAGGCUUUUCAUGCGGGUUUCGGGCUUCGGCUAGUCUUUAUUUGGACCCAUGCGAAAGCCUCUGGAACGGAGCGCUGUUCCUUUGAUGGAAGGCGGUCGCUGACCAGUUCUAUCGACCUGAUGGCUUUCGUACUUGUGCCACGUAGGUUCUACGUAUUUCUGGUCGUUAGUUUACGGAAGGCGCUUGCUAAAGAGUGAGCGGAUUCUCUGAAAUUAUUCAAAUUCAAUUGUUUGCUUUGUGCAGUGCUCCGUGGCACUUCCAAAAAGGGCCGUUUGUCUAGGAUCAGGUUACCAAAUUCUCUUCUUAUUGCUAAAUUGUCGCAAGCUUGGAACCCAAUCUCAUCCGUAAACAGUUUCUUUGUUAUGUGUUCAAAUUAUUGGGCCUGUUUGGAUGUUCUAUAUAUCACAAAUAGAUUAAGGAAAUUUGAGAGUGUUAGAGCCCUGGUGCAGAAUUUGAAAUUAAAUAAAUAGAAUCGCUGGAAUCUUCUUUCAGACUCAAACGGACCUUUGGACCUCUUUUUGUUUCAAAGGUGUGAUAUGAAUACAGAUGUAUCCGCUUUAGGUUACUUCCCACCUUCAUGGACCGAAAAAAGGGGUUUUUCUCUUACUAGACAAAACUGACUUCAAACAUUUUACCUAACGUUUACAAGAAAAAAAUUUUCAAAAUCUCCUAAAGCUCUAAAAGUUAUUUUAAAAAACGUAAUUUCAGAUGAAAGCUAGUAAAUCAAGAAGGUGUCAUAAUCUCGAACCUGGGCGAAUUCCGUGGAGGAAAUUUUCACGGCAAGCUCGUUUUUCAUGUUAUUUGCAUCGCGCACCUGACAAAAUUCACAUGUGGAAGCUCUCUGCUUGGGGAAAAAUCUCUUCUCAUGGAAAAAUCAAAGGAAGAAGAAUUUCCAUGGUAAAAAAAAACAAGAAAAAAAAGAAAGAAAGAGUACCAUUCUAUCAAGAAAAGAAAAAAACCCUCGGUGAAAGCGACUGGCACUGGCGGAGUCCAGAUUUCGAACAAAGAAGUCGCGUCAUAAACAAAAUUUGUCAUACUUAAAGUCAAAAACGGGUUUUCCUUUUAUUUAUGCAAGAAACUAGCACUUGUCUUACUUUUCAAGCUAGCGGCUGCAGCGAAACUGAAAAAUCACAUUAGAGGAUAAUUUUGUUUUCACGAGCAGAAGACUCGCCAAGUAAUUAAUGAAUCUAUCAGGUUUCAAGUGGUAAUUUGCAUGAAUAUCGGCAAACAGCAAACUCCUGAACUUCCAAGGGUUUCCCCGCAAACAGGAGUAAUCUCGUCCUCAUAGUGAACGUGAACGAACGAGCAUAUUUCCGCGCCUAAUGGAGGCUAUUUUGUUUAUUAUCCUUCCAAUAUUUUUGCAAAUUUUGGGUUAAGAAAUGUUUAUGAACAGCUAAUCGUUCACUGCGUGGGAUGUUCACUUUUCAGCGUUCCCUGCUACGAUUUUAUAAACAAACAAAACAUGUCCCCUCUUAUAACAACCACAAAACGCUCUCUCACCUCAUAUUAACUUUAAAAGAAGACUUAUCGUAAUGGACGAAGAGCUCGAAAAUCAUCGGGAAUAUCGAUCACUUAUAGACGCAUCACGUUGACAGGUAUUCCUCAGCUAAACUGGGGGAAUAUCCGAGGAUAUCACUCAAGUGAUAUUCCCCAAUUUUCAAACCUUACGUCCACUAAGAUAAGUCGUCGUUUAAAAUUUAAUUAAUGAUGAGAGAGCGUUUCAUGGUUGUUACGGAAGAAUUGUUCAUUAAGUCGCACUAGAGAACACUCAAAGAACACACCCCACGCAGAAAACAGUAAGCUGUUCGUACACAUUCUUUUCACACGCUUUGCAAAAUAUGUGAUAGAUAAGAAGCACAAUAGCCUCUAUUUUUCGCGAAAAUAUGCUGGUAUAUUUGUUCUUGGUCAUAAUCUGUUUCUUGAAGCUCACUUCUUUCCAUGCCAUCAGAUUUUUUUGUUCCUUGAAUUUUGCCUCUGAGCGUUUUUGAACGUGGAUAUCGAUAAAAAAUAUGUUCUUCAUGACAAAAAGUAAAUCUAAAACAAGGAAAAACAUUUUUAAAAUUACCAUUUUCAAUAAAAUGGUCAUAGACUUACCGCAAGUCACUUGAAAAGAUCGGUACAUAGCAGAAAUUGUUUUGGAAAAGCGUCUGAAAAAUGGAGAUGUUAAAAGGAAGGUGAGUUGUACUGGCUGACUCACGCCGUGACUGGUCAGCAGUCAUCUCACGCAUACUUCAACACCCUUUUACCCAUUUUGUCUAAGAGUUUUGUACUAUUAAUUUAAAUGUUUAAUCUGUUGAUUCACACUGAUCCUGACAUCAGCUCAAACUCUGCACUCUUCCUUUUCUAAAGAAUGUUAACAUAACAAUGAAUUUUUCUCCAUCUCACUUCUUUACACUUUCCAUCUCCAUCUUCAUCUUAGAAAGCCAUCGAGUAGAGCUCGAAAGGGUCGUUUAAAUCAAUUUUUUUCCAUUUGUUACAGAUAUCGUGUGAAGGGAGUGGACGUGUGGUCGUGACCCUAAAAUAUUACAAAAAUCCUUCUCACAGGACCUACGAAUUCAAAUGCUGUGACGCUGGGUUAUUUGGUUGCUCUGGUGGAUGUGAAGCAUAUUUCAAAAUUUGUAUGACAAAGUCAGCCUCCGCCAAUACGCAUUCCUGUAACAUGGGAACUACACAGACUGCAGUCAUUGGCAACAGAGAUGAUCAUAGACUAAAUUUAAGAAAAGAGUUCGCAUUCACAUCCUUACAAGUAAGCCAUAAAAGUUUGCGAUUUUGUUUGCCUGGUGCACUGGCAAAAUUUGUUUUGCUCCACGUCCAAAAAUCUCGGCAAAAUUUGUCAAUCGUGGGCGCUCUGAAAAGUAGAAAAAAAAUUGUUGACGAGCAAGUGUCAACCACAUCGAUGUAAAAAUUGAGCAGAACUUAGACUUGGAGAUUCAGCCUGAACGUAAAAUUGGACGCCAUGAUAGUUUUUUUCCGAGUAUCCUGAGUACUGAUCAUCAUGCAGAAUCUUCCAUCUUCACCGAUUGAUUGCCGCGUAAAAAUCAAAUCUUUUCUCCUUCAAAUCGUGGUUUUUAAAUGAAAAAAGUUGUCAGAUUUCACGCCUGACAAAAAUUUGUACUGCUCUGAGGUAGGGCGCCAGCGCCUUUGAAGAUUGGUAGGUCUUGACAAAAUUUGAUAGGAUAAAAAAAUCACCGGGCGCACUUGUCUCACGGGACUGAUGACAGAUUUUUUUGCAAAAUAAACAAAAAUUUGCCAAGUGCGUCAUUCUACAGCCAAAGCAUACGCGCGUUUGCCCUUAAAACACUCACAUAGGUUUGAGUACUUAUAAUGGACUGUGUGUAUUUGUGAAUGUAAGAGAUUGUUUACUAAUACAGAAAUUACUUUCUCCAAAGGAAUUCGUUAAUUUGAAGGUGCAAGUCUGGGACCAUGACAAAAUUCUUAAAGAUGACCUAGUGGAGACGUUUUUUAGCUCGAAUAAACCUUGGUUGCCUAACCAUGGCCAUCAGAAAAAGACCAUACGACAUAAGAGCAGGGUUGUUCAGUUGACACUUGACCUCGAGGUAUACUGCAACAAGAACUACUACGGCCCUCACUGCACAAAGCAGUGUGUCCCAGGAAAAACCUACACGUGUGGAUUGCUGGGAGAAAAGGUUUGCCGAGCUAACUGGUAUGGUAAGAGCUGCACUGUGGAGUGUAUCCCGCGGGAUGACUGGAGGGGACACUACACCUGCGAUAAAAUGGGGAAAAAGGUCUGUAGAUCAAGUUAUUAUGGAGAGAGCUGCACUCGAUGGUGUGCCCCUCGAGAUGACCCGCGAGAUGGACAUUUCAACUGUGAUAGGCAGGGAAACAAAAUCUGUCUUCCUCGUUGGGAAGGGCCAUCCUGUAAACGAUGCGUGAAAAACUGGUUUGGUCCUGGGUGUUCUACAUACUGUGUACCUCAAGACAGUUACGAGCUUGGACAUUACAAGUAAGUUGUUCAAUAUGCAGUUUGCACAAAUGUGCAAGGUAUUUCAAGGCGUGUUUUAUUGUCCUUGUUAAUGCUCAUGAGAAAGAGAUCCAAAGUAAUAAAUAGCCGAGACGAAAAAAACUAACUACCUAAAAAGUAGUUUAGCCACUGUUAGUAAUGGGUUCGUUCGGUUGUUUGGGAAAACAGGUCAGUAGUAUUGUUCCCAGUUUUAUACAUUACGCUUUCUUAGACACCAAAAAGUGCAUUUACCUCUACAGAUGCAGCCAAUCAGAUGGAACGAAACAAUGCCUACCGUGGUGGUUUGGCAGCGACUGCAAGGCGCACUGCACUCCUCAUGACGAUGAUGACAACGGCCACUAUAGCUGUGCACGUGACGGAAAUAAGUCAUGCCAUGAUGGAUGGCACGGAGAGAACUGCACAGUGUUUUGCAUUCCUCAAGAUGAUGACAUACGAGGCCACUAUACUUGUGACGAGGAAGGCAGCAAAGUCUGUUUAAACGGGUAUCGCUCUCCAGACUGCAUGGACUGCCUACUGGGUCGGUAUGGCGCAAAUUGUUCUUUAUCCUGCUUGGUGAAUGACACGUACGGCUUCCAGCAAGGCUACAUCUAUUGUUCUGACGAUGGAGUUAAGCAAUGCAAGAAGUGGUGGCAUGGCCCAGAGUGUCUCCAGUACUGUGUCCCUCAUGAUGACAACGAGCACGGGCAUUACACGUGCGCGCCAGGAGAUGGAAGUAAAGUAUGCAGACCUGGCUGGGAAGGGCUAAGCUGUCUUAAUCGAAAAAAGAACUGAGCAUGCGGUUUUGACAGAGAAGUCAGUAGAUUAACAUAUAGCAUGAACUUUUUGCGGGAAGUAUUCUGCGGAAUAACAAUUUUUUUUUUAUAUCAAUUUUUUUUUUAUUUUUGUUGUUUUUCAGUUGUUUUUUUUCUGAUAUAAAACACAUUUGUACUGUAGUAUCGCACUUUUUAAAAUGUUACCUCUCAUAAUUAGAGAUUAUUACACCGUAUGUUUAAACAAGUAAGGGUAUUGUUACGUGAUUCUAGAUGUGUUAUUACGAUUUCGUAACACCAGUAUGUUGUUAAGACAGGAGGCUAACUUGUCGUGAUAGCCAAUGACCUAUCGUGCGUAAAUAUAGUUUUAACUGUUAAUUGCUGUCUAUUGUAAACAGUGGCCGGCAAGUGACAAAAUGUGUCAAAAAACAUAUUUUGACUAGAAACUAAAAGCAGCAAAUACGUCCAAAAAUAACCAUUUACUUCUGCACUUCGUUAUCUUUUCAUUGUAUUGUUUUUUUUUAUCUCACCAUGAUGCAAAUAAAGCACAUAUUUUCACUCUUACUUCCCUUUCAUCUGUUCCUUUUUUUAUCACGUGUUGACAGGAGCUCAUUGGUGUUGAUAACCUUUGCGGUCUAAAUGGCUUAUGGGCAGACACGAAAAAAUAUCACGGGUGGUAUAUUAUGAAAUUCAUCGCAGUCAUGAGUUGUGAGCCAUCAAAUUAUCUCUGUUCUGCGAGUUUUCCUUUAUUUCUCUGCAUUAUACCUUUUGUUAAAACUCUCUAUCUCUACAGCCCACGAUGGAGGGAUAUGAGCUAAAUGUCAGGAAACUGGGCUCCAGCUGCGUGUUCCAGGGGGGAGGGGGAGGGAGAAAUUCUUCUAUGAAAUCAGACUAUUGAUUGGCAGUUACGUUAUUAAUCAGUUAUUUCCAAAAAGGUGAAGCCUCUAACACUAUCCCCGAGAAUGAGUCUAAAAUGUCAAAUAUCUAGAGGUACCUCAAAGUAGUGCAAGAUGCACCCCCCACCCCUAAAAUGUUUUUUUUUUUGAUGCUCCGCUCUCCCCUUCCUCCCCACUUCAGGGCGUAUGUCAUGUUUGUUUAAACGUAGCAGUAUCCAAAAUAAUCUAGGCUUUUGGCCAUGAGUCAAUAAUUCGAUAUCUGAUCGUCUAAAAAAAAAGGCAAUUUCAUGCUUAAGGCUCUAUGCAGCAUUGGGGUCCACUAUCAACGAAUGUUAAAAAAAUCGGCUGAAACAACAAUACACAAGUAACAGAACGACGAUACACAAGUAACAGAACGACGAUACACAAGUAGCAGUCUCACUAUAUUGCCACUGGUACCAUAUAAUUGAAGUUAUAUCUUGAACAAUUUACGAAAUGCUCCUCUGGUUUGUUGGCGCUGUGGCUGGGAUUUUGACCUUCAUGGUAAGUGCUUUUGAACAUUUCGCUUCUGCUUCAUUUGUGUUAAACAUGAGCUCAGCGCGCGGGCAGCCAAUCCACAACGAAUACUUUUAACGAGACUCGCCAAAACAAAAAGAACGAAGAAAACCUCCGUGGAAAGCCAAGUGACAUUUGCGACUAACGAGCAAGAAAAUUAUAACGUAAUGUAGAAGGAAGUCUUGGCAUACUAAUGUUCCAGGGUAAACAAAGAUCAUACAAAUGAGAGUAGUAAAAGAGAAAUACAAAGUUGACUAAACACGGCGAAGAGAAUUCUAAAAUUACUGAUUUGCCUGGUUGACUGGUAUGGAACCGAGUGCAAAUCAUUUUGAAAGGCAACAAACAAUUCAGAAGGACACUACCGGUCGAGCUGAAAAGGAAGAUUUCUUCGUGAGCGCGGAAGGUUUUCCUAUCAUCACCGGAAAUCCUAUUAUUUCUCGGCGGCGUGAGCUGUGGGAGGAGAUGAAAAUGAGACUGUGUUGACCUACUCUCCGUUCGCCAAAGGAAAUAUCGAGUCAGGCUGUGGAAGUCUGUGGCAAUUCCACUAUAAAUUCAAUUUCUUGUCUCAGAUCGUGCAAUUCGUUAUCAAGUUCAUAUAUUAUGCAGUCGUUGAUUAUAUCCAGGGCUCUCAUUAGUCCAGUGCUGAUCUAUCAAUCUAUUCGGGUAGUCUCGCAGAACACUAAAAUUUCAUCGAGCCAUGAUUUGGCUUUUAGAACACAUUCGCUUGCAGAGGUUAAAUGAGUCUUAAGAAAAUUAAUUACACACUUCAGAUCUGUAGAUAUCUGAUUGGGUGACUUGUAUCGAGCGAUGAGUGUGUCUAUGAGCACAAUACACAAUAAUAAUGAUUGAGGCAACGGUAUUAGUCAAUUUAGAUAUAGCCUUCGCGCUGAGCGCUCGACGAAAACGCGCGUAACGCGAGUGCUACAAAAGGAAAAGACAGGAAAACGCGUUUAUGAUCACUAGAUCGCGUGUGCAGGCCUUAAUUAUUUGCGCUCAAUAAAGUCGAAUGUCUCUUGCUCAUACGUUAGGUAAGAUUCAUCUCUUUUGUUGACAGGCGCCACCCUCGGAAGGAACUGGUCGCGCCAUUGUAACAUUACGAAAGUACACUAACCCCUCUCACCGCUUGAGUAAUGGUAAAUGCUGUGAUCACCGAUUUCUCAACGUUGGCCGAUGCCGCCCAUGUGAUGCUUACUUCAAACUAUGUGUGAGUCAGGCAGUUAGUGGGUCUUCUUCAAACAGCUGUAAUAUUGGUAGAAGCCAGACCGGUGUGGUUGGUGACGAUGACAACCACGUACUCAACAUCAGAAGGACGUUUUCUUUUGAAUCUUUUAAGGUGAGUACGCAUAUAAAGCAAAAUUAUUUUAUUCUUGUCAUCUUUUCCGCCUCAUUUAGUGCAUAAGAAGUGCAUUUCUUAACUUUACUUUAGUACAGUUAAAAGCGACAAAGGGACAAUUUUUUUGGGCGUAUUUGUACCUUUGGAAAUGCGUUUAACGACUAAGAGAAAAGUUAUGAUGCAUCAGGCUUCAUUCUCCAGACACUUCCAAAAACAAAUAACUUUUUUAAAGUAGAAGGCACUUUUCUAAAUUAAUAUUCCUGCAACAUGUAUUGUGUAUGAAAUUACUUGGAAGUGACACUUGAGCUGAUGCCAAAUAAGCAACUUUACUGCUACAAUAAAAUCGCCAAGUCUUAUGGGACCGUUCAUUACUCAUUGAAUAGGGCUGGGUGGUAAGAUUUGGGGGAAUGCUAUUCGGGGGUUGUAUGACCCUUCAGCUUACUAACUAUCCUCACAUGACCCCCCUCGCAUUAGGGAACUUUUUGAAUGAACCCCCCCCUUCUCAAAUCAUAGUCAUGCCUGAUAUUUCAAAGGUUAGCACACUUUAAAAAAACUGUUUUUAUAAACUGGCAUAUUUCACCUAACAAGAUCACAAUUCUAGACAGGUGCUUCCAAUGAAAAAGAGUCUCCGAGACAAAGCCGAGGGGAUUAUUCAAUUAAAUAUUCAUUCGGCCUAAGGCAAAUAAUUGUUUCAGCAUAAUUGCUUGGGUGCUUUCGAAUUCUAUUGUAAAUACUUGUUUUGACGUCGAAAUCAUUCUGUUUCAAUUGCUCUGAUUACACGUAUCGAAGUAAAGAGCCAGUUUGCACUGGUAUUUAAUAGCUUCAUUUAAUUCAAUCAGCAAAUAUUUCACGUCUUUCUUUUGAAAAGUAUUACUCAGAACUAAGUAGCAUCUUUAAUGCUCUUUAAAUCCUUUUUUCUUUUUUUUUUGUCGCGUUUAUCACUUCCUGGGUAACACUAACAAAACGCGUGGUAGCAAUUUUAAAAUUUAGCUGAAUGUCUGGAAAAUAGGAACAUUCGGGUCCAGCUGCGUGUUCUGGGAAAGAGGGGGAGGGAGAAAUUUCCCUAUAAAAUGGAGGAAAGAAAUUAGAUUCUUGUCUGGCAGUUAUGUUGUUAAUCAGUUAUUUCCAAAAAGGUGAAACCUCUAAAACUAUCCCCGAGAAUAAGUUUAAGAUGUUAGUACCUAAAGGUACCUCAAAGUGGUGUAAGAUGCACCCCUCGCCCCUAACAUUUUUUCUGUAUGAUGGUCCGCUCUCCCUUCCUCCCCAACCCUGUUCCACCCACGCCAGGGCGUAUGUCAUGUUUGUUCAGCGAGAUAUGACGCAAUCCUCGACCAAUCAGAGCACAUAAAUCUCUAUAAUCACUGGAGCAAUUAUACUGAAUACGAAUAGUCACAAAGCUGAGCUGAGUGCUUGUAUUAUUUCUCAGGGAGCCAUUACCGUUGGGGUGGAAGUCUGGGAUAAGGACAAAUUUACCAGCAAUGAUUACGUUGGCUUCCCGUCCAUAACACUGUGGUCUGUCACUCCGGGGUUGUAUUUGGAUCCCUUAAGAAGAAGCUUGACGCUGAAAAGCAGAUACGUCACCAUGAAGCUUGACUUGGAGUUGUACUGCGACAAAGACUACUAUGGUCCCAGUUGUAGCGUGAAUUGUGUCCCGCGGGAUGACUCGAGUGGACAUUACACCUGCGAUAAUCUGGGAAACAAGAUUUGUCUUCAACAUUGGGAAGGGCCGUCUUGUAACAGAUGCGAGAGCAAUUGGUUUGGUCCCCGCUGUUCUGCAAUUUGUGUUCCUCAGGAUAAUGAUGUUCAAGGACAUUACAAGUAAGUCAAGAGACAGAUGUGCCUAUUAAAGUGUUUGGGAAUUAAGGGAAUACAGUUUCAAAGAAACUGUGGUGCUACUUCGGUGGGGUAGCUAACGCUUUCCAUUCAAAUAAUUUAUUCUUUCCUUUCUCAUUUCUAUAUUCCCACCAAUAGCUUAGCUCCACUUUUUACAUAUAAACACACACACAACCCACAAUUCCUCCAUUCGCUCUGACGAAGGGCUAACGCUCGAAAAGCCAUCUUAGAAAACUCCUUACGGUAACCAAUUUACAUUAUUAACUCAGUUAAUAAACCCAAAUUCUCUAGUUGGGAAUGAGACAGCUUGUGGCAAAAUUUCGAAAAAUAGAGCGAGGGAGAAAUUUAGGGGUUACACAAGGAGAGCAAAAACUUUUGCCGUUUUACCCUCCCCUCCCCUCCCUCCCCGCCUUUUCGCUCUCCACACUCGAUGGUGUGCCACUCGGGAUGACCCGCGAGAUGGACAUUUCAACUGUGAUAGGCAGGGAGACAAAAUCUGUCUUUCUUGUUGGGAAGGGCUAUCUUGUAAACGAUGCGUGAAAAACUGGUUUGGUACUGGCUGUUAUACAUACUGUGUACCUCGAGACAGUGACGAGUUUGGACAUUACAAGUAAGUUGUUCUAUGUGCAGUUUGCACAAAUGUGCAAGGUAUUUCAAGGUGUUUUUUAUUUGCCUUCUUAAUGCUCAUGUGGAAGAGAUCCAAAGUCAAAAAUAGCCAAGACGAAAAAAAUUCAGCUACCUAAAAAGUAGUUUAGCCACUGUUAGUAAUGGGUUCGUUCGGUUGUUUGGGAAAACAGGUCAGUAGUAUUGUUCCCAGUUUUAUACAUUAGGCUUUUAGAUACCAAAAAGUGCAUUUACCUUUACAGAUGCAGCCAAUCAGAUGGAACGAAACAAUGCCUACCGUGGUGGUUUGGUAGCGACUGCAAGGCGCACUGCAUUCCUCAUGACGAUGAUGACAAUGGCCACUAUAGCUGUGCACGUGACGGAAAAAAGACAUGCCAUGACGGAUGGCACGGAGAGAACUGCACAGUGUUUUGCAUUCCUCAAGAUGAUGACAUACGAGGCCACUAUACUUGUGACGAGGAAGGCAGCAAAGUCUGUUUAAACGGGUAUCGCUCUCCAGACUGCAUGGACUGCCUCCUGGGUUGGUAUGGCGUGGAUUGUUCUUUAUCCUGCUUGGUGAAUGACACUUACGGCUUCCAGCAAGGCUACAUCUAUUGUUCUGACGAUGGAGUUAAGCAAUGCAAGAAGUGGUGGCAUGGCCCAGAGUGUCUCCAGUACUGUGUCCCUCAUGAUGACAACGAGCACGGGCAUUACACGUGCGAGCCAAGAGAUGGAAGUAAAGUGUGCAGACCUGGCUGGGAAGGGCUAAGCUGUCUUAAUCGAAAAAAGAACUGAGCAUGCAGUUCUGACAGAUAAUUCAGUAGAUUAACAUGCGGCAUGAACUUUUUUCGGGAGGCAUUCUGCGGAAUGACAUUUUUUUUUUUUCAUUUUCUAUUUUUUUUUCUAUUUUUUUUCUUUUAAAGUUGUUGCUUUUUUUUCUUCUCUGAUAUAUAACGCAUUUGUAUUGCAAUAUCGCACUUUGCUCGUACGAGUUUUUGAAACAAAGAUUGAAUGCAAAGAAAUGCUGGUACUAAACUUAGGAAUUCCUCUGCUUAAUUUGUACGGUUGUUAAAAUGUUACCUUUCAUAAUUAGAGAUUAUUAACCGUAUGUUUAAAUGAGUAAGGGUAUUGUUACGUGAUUCUAGAUGUGUUAUUACGAUUUCGUAACACCAGUAUGUUGUUCUAGUUAUUAAAUUCAAUGGCUAAUUGAAACAAAAAACUUGAAUGAAAACAACUGAUAAAGAAGACAGGAAGCUAGUUUGUUGUGAUAGCCAAUAACUUAUCGUUCGUAAAUAUAGUUUUAUCUGUCAAUUGUUGGCUUUUGUAAACAGUAGCCGGCAAGUGACAAAAUG